AUGAAUUUUAUUAAAGCCUUUGCUAUUUAUUCAAGGAUUUUUAAUAGUAAAAUAUUGAUAUUUAAUAAUUCAUCUUCUCAAGUUCACUUACAAUAUUUUAAUGCAUCGCCAGAUCAUACUUUCAAAACUUCAUUGUUACCAUGCAAUAAAUGCUCUCUUAAUGAUGAUUCUUCCUUUAUUCUUUAUAAUAUGAGAAACAAACAUAAAGCUUACUUUAUGAUGUUACCUUUAUACCUAUGUGUUGACAUCAAGACUUCUCUUCUUCCAACUAUUGGUCAUAUCUGUUCUUUGUCCCCUUACAUGCUUUAUGUAAUUACCUUAUAUAGUUACAAUUUAACUGAUAAUAGUAUAUUUAAUAUCUCCCCACCUUGUCCUCUCCACCUUAUACACUUAAUAAAAUUUUUAAUAUAG